GGACGGUGGCCCGUGUGGUGUUUGGCAGUCGGGAGUGUUGAAUGGCUUUGGAGAGGGGCAGGGGAGAGCUGGAGAAAUCAUACGAGAUAACGGCGGCUUCAAGUUCCACGUGCACCCGGGCCUGAGCUUCAUCCUCAUCCGUUCAGUGAAGGAGCCUGCGGACGCGGGGGAGGGGCCGGGGUGCGAUGAGACAAGAUUUUAAUGAAAUUGCUGAGCCUGAGCUGAUCAACUGCUUGAAGUGUACAAGAAGGAAAAUACAUUUAUGGAACCAAAUCUUCAGGAAACCUGUGAGGCUGAUGCAGAAGAAGCGCAAAAAAAAGUUGUGUCUGUAGAAACUGCUCAAUCCUUUGAGGACACUACCUCCCAAGUAAAUAAUGAUGGAUUAGGACCUACAGUCAGUGAUUUUCACAUGGGGAUCCCUGCUGAGAACUGUGUGCAUUUGGAAAAAGAACCCAUGUGUAUGUCCGGCAGCAAAGAAGGAGUCUGUGCGAGUUUAAUGUUAAUAAGCAAUACUAAUAAGAGUACUUCAUUUAUAUCUAAAGCAUCCACACAAAUUGCUAAACCAGUGGUUGCAAUUAGAACAUCAGGGCAAGGAACAACUGGUAACAAAUGUCCACAAAAAGGCAAAAGUAUACUUGCCCCUGGCCUAAAAUUAACAACUGAUCUUUUUACCACAGAUUUGAUAGCUUCUGGAAUGCCUGCAGAUGAGAACUGCCUAACUGUUGGUACAACCCUUUUACAGCAAAGUGCUAACAUUAAAAGGGAGAAAUCCAAAUCUGCAGACUGCUGCUUACAACCUGCAGGUGGUCAUUCUGUUGUGGGUAAGAGUGCUCUGAUAUGUGCUGCAAUCUCUUCAAAAGAUACCAGUCUCCCAGCCAGGAAUUUGGCAGUUUCACAGAAGGGUACUUGUGAGAUAGAAGGACAAUUGAGAAAAGAAGAAAAAAAUCAGCUGAUUGAUCAUUUAAAACACUCUGCUGCAGAUGAAAAUACUGCAACUCUGAAUGAGUCUGGAAUUGAGUCUUGUCUAGCUGCUGAUACAUUACCUACACAGCAAAAUACAGGCAAAAAACGGGGGAGAUGCAAAAAAGAGAAAAAUGAGUUAAUAGGCAAUCCAGCCAUGGACCUCCAUAAUAGAUCUGUGAAUGGUGGCUGUAGUGAAACAAGAACUGAUCCUGUGAACAUCCCUAAGAAACGAGGAAGAAAACCUAAAAGUGCAAUGGUUGCUCCUCAGAAAGAAAUUCUCAGUCAUGGUAACAUUGAAAAUGGUGGUGAUGAUGAGGUGGAAACUGCUGAAUCAUUGAAGGUCCCAAAGAAACGAGCAAGAAAACCUAAAAAUGCGAAAGCAGUGUCUGUUAAAGGAAAAGUACCGCAAGCUUUACUGAAGCGGGGUUGUGACAAUGCUGAGAACGGUGAUAACAGUGAACUGGGAGCUCCUCAACUGGUCAAGACCCCAAAGAAACGAGGAAGGAAACCUAAGAAUGCAGAAGCAAUGCCUGUUGAAGGAGUAAUGCAGCAAAUUCCGUCAGAGGGGAUUUGUGAAAGUGUUGAGAAUGAUGGUGACGGUGAGAUGGGAGCUCCUCAACCGGCGAAGGCCCUCACGAAACGAGGAAGAAAACCUAAGAAUGCAAAAACAGUGCUGCAGACUCCAUUAGCAGGUGGUAAUCGUUCUGAGAAUGGUGGUGAUCCUCAACCCGUGAAGACCCCGAAGAAGAGAGGAAGGAAACCUAAAAAUGAAAUGGUGCCACAAGAAGAGACUACAGAUACCCAUGGGCUGUUGAAGCCGAUUGUCCAGAGAUUAUUGGAAGAGAGCGGAGCUGAUGAUGAACUAACAGCAAGUGGCCGACCAAAGAGGAGGGCGGCCAGAGCUGCCUUGCUUUACCUGCAUGAAAUAGUAGAAGAAAUAAAAUCACCUUCUUAUAAAGUAGAUGAUGUGGUUGACAUCACAAAUGACAGUGAACCAGAUCAACCUCGGGAUCAAUCACUUUCUGAACAGUACUCCCCUAAACGAGGAAGAGGAAGAAAGAAGAAAAAAGUCAAUGACGUUUUUGAUGACUUGUCAGAUGACAAAGAUUUUGUGGUCUCCGAUGGAGUAACUGAUGAAGAAGAGGAAGAAGAAGGUAGUGAAGUCGAAGCACCCAGUGAUGUUUCUGAGUCCGAUCUGGAUGACUUUCAUGAUGGGGAAGGGCAGAAACAAAGAAGGAGUUCAAUAAAUAAACAAUGUUGCAGUACAAAACGUCGGCUAUUUGGAAAUUUUGCAAAUGGCCUUCCUAAUACUAUAAUGGUACCAGUGUGGGAAGCUACAACAAUUACAAGAAAGCAUCGAGAGGAACAUCACUCCCCAUGGGUAUUUCCACAUUGGAUGCCUUCAAUGCAAGACUGGAGUUUUCUUUCUCAAAGUGAAUCACUUAAAUAUUUGCCCAAUGAAGUAAACUCACCAAUUUUUAAAAUUAAAAGGGAAGGACUUCGAGAGGAGCCCAUCAUUCAGAGACUGAAAAGAUUCCAGUCACUACCUGCUCACAAAGAUCGCUGGGAUGUAAACUUCUUUGUAGGUGGUCCUGUUUGGUGUCUGGAAUGGUGCCCGACCCCAGAGGGCUCAGCUGCCUGUCAGUAUGCAGCUAUUUAUUGCAAUAAAGGAAUGGACGAUAGGCAUAAACUGAUGGACCAGCAUGCAGAACCAACAUUACUUCAGAUAUGGCAGCUGGGAGACCUCCAACAGGAGCAAUGCCCUGAAAUGAAUGCUGCUUUGGCUUAUGGUGUUGCUACAGAGCACGGUUGCAUCUGGGACAUGAAGUGGUGUCCCAGUGGUGCAUGGGAGCUGCCAGAAACCCCUAGAAAGAGUCCUCAGAUGGCAAGACUUGGUAUCCUAGCAGCUGCAUUUUCCACUGGAAAGAUUGUCGUUUACAGCUUGCCACACCCAGAAUCCUUAAAUAUAUAUAAAAUGCAGUAUUCAAAAGCUUCAUCUAUUCAAGGACCAAUCAUAUGCAAGGUGCAAUGUACAGUAAUUCUGGAGAUUGGAUCAGUUCAGUUCAGUGGUUCCUCACAAUGUGGACAAUGUUUCUGUCUCGACUGGAUGCCCUCUGGGGAACAUGAAUAUUUGGCCGCAGGUUUUUAUGAUGGUACAGUUGCUCUCUGGAAUCUGAAUACAUCAUCAUUAUUGUUACGAGUUCAACAAGGAGAUGGAACUUUGAAGGUCUAUCCUUUCCAUUCCUUUGUUGCACAUGACCACGCUGUCAAAGCCAUUGUUUGGAGUAAAGCCCACAGCAACUUUUUAGUGACAGCUAGCCCUGACAGGAAAAUCAAGUUCUGGGAUCUCAGAAGAACAUACCAACCAAUCAACGAAAUCAAGCGAUACUUGAACACUGAAGUUGCUUGGUUGCUUCCAUGGUGCGGAGUUAUGGUGGCGCAGGAAAAUUGCUAUGCUGCGUUUGGACUCAGUGGAAUUCACUAUGUGGAUGCUGGUUUUCUUGGAUUUAAGCCAUAUUUUGCUGCUCCAAGAGCAGGAACAGUCUGGAGUAUUUCUGGCUCUGACUGGUUGAAUACCUGUGUCUCAGGAGACAAUACUGGAGAAGUGAUAGCUGUGAUCCUUCCAGACUGUAUGAACAACACAAUGAAUAUCAAGCGACCUAAUGAGCGUCGUUUUCCUAUUUAUAAAGCUGACCUCGUUCAUCACAAUGCUACCAAUAGCAUUUCAGCUGCCACCUCAAACCUAGAAGAGAAAGAGGCCAGUGUCCAAAUGAGUUCUUCGGAAAUGGGGAAGGAAGAUUUAAAUUCCAGUCCUGUCACUGAACCAAAGAUUUAUAGUGAUACAGUGAAAAAAUACUACCUAAUGUUUGAUGAUACCGACCUGAAGAGUUUCAAGAAUCUGUUUUCCAGAGAGCCUUUCAAGAGAAUGCAAACAGUAGACAAAGCAAAAACGUAUCCUGACCGAAUGCCACUAGAAUCUGUAUACAAGGUUCGUUUCAAUCCCAACCUUGAUGCCCACGGAUGGAUCCUUUCGGCUGGGCAAUCGGGAAUUGUCCGAGCACACUGUGUGCGGAGCCUUAACACACACGUGAGCAGAAAACUGAUCAAGGAAUACCAAGCACAAUUCAGUUCCAUGUUCCAACCUACAGAAGCUGAAGGAGUUGAGAAUCCCAUUACCCCGACUGUCACACACAGUGUAAAAACAGCAUUGCAAACAGAAUAAUGUGCGCCAGCAUGGCUGGAGGAUUUAAGAACACCACUCUGUACUGAUGUGGCACUGCAAUCAGUUUCCCAUUCAACAAAUGCAGUAGUGAUGUGAAUCCCACCCACUGGGUCCAACCGGGGCACAAUAGCUGAACGUGGCGCAGGUACGCUUAUCUGCCAGUUCAGCAAUGUAUGUUUUUCUAAAGUUUGUCGUACAGAAGAAUAUGUCGACUUUAAAUGUGUUACAGGAGAUCCAUCUAUUGAAUCAGACACAGGAUUUUUCAGAUGAAGUAGGCAAACAAAACGGCUUCUUUCACUCAUCUUUUCAAUUCUGUUGUGAAAUUGAGCAAGAUCUUUCUAGUCCCUAAGUAUUGCUAUUAUACUUUUUUUGAAUCUUAAUGAGAUGUAGGUUUUUUGACUUUUUUGAACCAAGCUUAGAGACCAAUGUGGUCUAUGUGAACUUGUGUCUGAUUUCACAAGAUUGGAUUUAGGCAGGUUUUUAGCUGCUAAUAACAGUUUUACAAAACCACUGUUGUUAAAAUCAUGAAAUGUCGCACAAUUACAUUUACAGGUUGCUUUUAUUUACCACUUGUUGGCUUAGGCCAGCUCCUCCAAUUGAUGACCAGCCAUUAGGUGUUCAGCUUCUUCUGUUGUACAAAUCAAAUGUCAUUUGAUGCAAAUUACUAAGUUUUUCAGUCUAAGAGCUGGUUUUGUGAUUGGUGGCCCAUUUGGCACUUGUUAUCAGUAAACAACAGGUCAGGUUUGUACUUAAGGGGGAAAAAAAGCGCAAAUUUGGAAUUUACCUAAAAACAUGUUGCCUGGGCUGAAUGGGAUUUUGUAUGCUAUAUACAGAUUUAUUAUAAUAACUGAAUUUAAAGUAAAAUAAAAUUGCAUUUGGAUGGAAAUAAGUUUAAUCCCUUCUCUUGUCUUAACUGUAAUUAGUAGUGUAAAGUGAGAAAUCAGAUAGGACUCUUGAAAAUUAGAUACACCUUUUCUACAUAUUUGUACCUUCUCCCUGGCCCUAUGAGGGUGAAAAAAGAUUUGUGUUUCCUUUAAUUUCAGACAGAUGUGCCAUUUUUCCUAGAAUGCGUGGGAAAUUAACUCCCGUGUGUCUGCUGUGUCUUGUCAGAAAUAAUAAGGGGCUACAACUUUAAACAUCUGGGUUUCUUUUCUGUGUAGCUGUUCUUUAUUCUUAGUAAAAGAAUAAAUAUUAUCUACACUAGAGAAUUUUUGUUGAAUAAACAUUGAUGGAAACUGACUUUCCCUUUAUAUUUUGAUUAUCAUUUCAUGAUUUUUAUAACUUGGCUAUUGUAAAACGGGCAAUGGUCAAUUUGCUCACACUGAGCAUUGUUGUCAUUUCCAUACUGCUUUUUGAGGUUAAAUAAUGCACUGUGUGUAAAAUUACGCUUUUAGCUGUGAACCUUUCUUAAAAAAAAUUCCAUGCUUCCCCCUCCUCAUCCUGAAAAAACCUGCAAAAGUUAAAUCAGAAUUCACAAUUUUUCAAUUCUUUUGUAGAAGUUAUAUCUGUUUUAUAAUAAUUUGAAUAUAACCAGUGGUGUAUUAUCUCUUUUUAAAAUUUCUCUUAGGUUUCUGUUUUAUGUUGUAUACUUUGUUUAUUUGCUGCUGCAUGUAGUUUGGGCAUUCAAAGAUCAGUAAAUCUGUAACUUACUGAUGUAGUUGGGUGCAUCUUGAUGUACAACUACCUCAAACACAAAAUAAUUUUGACUUUUUGUAAAGUUUCAUACCUGCUUUAUCGUGAUCAGAUGAUGCAGAAUUACUGGACUACACCUUUAAUGUUGGUACAUCCUACUCUACAGUUGUUUCAUCUUGCUAGCUUUACUACUGAGAUUGCUUUAUUCUGGGAUACAAAAGAUAAUCACCACAGCUCUCACAGUGCUUCCGUUGUGCAUGUAUGGUAAACUUUCACACAGGAGAUGUGUGCUGAAUAAAUGGGAGAGCCCUAUAUAAUUUGUGUGGCUGAUUCACAUCCUUCCUCACACCUCUAUCACAAGGACUGUCUGCAUAUUGAAAUUCUAGAUGAUCUAUGAUCAUUAUAGAUUUUUUUAAUUACUGCCUCCUUUUCUUGGUAAAAUUGCA